AAAGUACAAGCUUAACAUUUUACUUUCGAGUAAAAUUAUUAGUUCAUAAUAAACAUUGAAAUAAAAAAAAAUGCCGUCGAAGAAGAAAAAGUACAAUGCACGCUUUCCAGCGGGUCGCAUCAAGAAAAUCAUGCAGAGCGAUGAGGAAAUAGGCAAGGUGGCACAAGCCGUACCAGUUAUAUUAUCGCGUACGUUGGAACUUUUUGUGGAAUCGCUGCUGACGAAAACGUUGCGCAUAACAAAUGCGCGAAGUGCCAAGACUUUAUCACCCUCGCACAUGAAGCAGUGCAUCAUGUCCGAGCAGCGUUUCGACUUUCUCAAGGAGCUGGUGCGCAACAUACCUGACAUAAGCAUUGCCGAAGAGGCCAGCAACUACAAUGACAGCUCCGAAGAGGCGUACCCGGACUCUGAUACGCCAUAUGAUCUAAGCCUGCCAUCGACCUCAAUGCGCAACGGCAACAACAAUAGCAACAGCUUUAUGCGUUCCGUUAGCCUUAAUGGCGGCGCUUUGAAGCGCAGCCAUCCACCGUCCACACCGUCAACUUUAAUGCAAACCGUGGCCAGUGUCACUGCCGCCAAGCUGGCACGCUCCGAAUCCACGCCUGCAUACACGCCCCGCGGCAGACCGCCAAACAGCAGUCGUGUCUAUAGUUGUAGAGAUGCCAAGAAUACUACUGCCAUACCUGAGCCCAUGUGCAACUAUGAACUGCUGAACAAGCCCGUUGUCAAGAUCGAGUACAGCAACGUUCAGUUGCCCAGCACAACCGUUUCGGACGCCCACAGCCCAUUGGACAUACCCGCACCAGUUAUCAACAUUGAUCUAAGCAACAUUGUGGCAACCACUCCCUCUACACCAGCCAAGGCUACAACAAUUACAACACCAAAAAUCUGCUAUGGUGGCACCAACAACAAUAACAAUUCGUUAGCUAAGAUUUCAGCUCCAAUCAUUCCAAAGGCCCCAACGGCAACAGCGCCCGUUACCAAUACACUUUUUGAAUUAGACGAAGACUAUGACAACAUUUAAGUAAAUGCUAUUUUUGCAUUAUCAUUUUUUUUUGUAAAUGCGCUUUAAAUUUAAAUUAUUAAUACUUACAUUAAUAUGUAUGCU